UAAUAUGACGCAUCCAAAGAAAACACAAUUCCAAGCCAGCCGUAUUUAUAACCCUCUAAACCCUAAUUAUCCAUGUUGCAGCAGUUGCGACCAUAAACCUCGCCUCUCAUUUUCUCUCGUCGUUCAAUCCCAAUCCCAAAAUGGUGAAGAGAAGCAAGAAGAGUAAGAGUAAGAGGGUUCCAUUGAAGAAGAAGUACAAAAUCCUGAAGAAAGUGAAAGAGCAUAACAAGAAGAAAACCAAAGAGGCUAAGAAGCUUCUUCUAAGUGGGAAGAAGAAGGUCGAGAAGGAUCCUGGUAUUCCCAAUGAUUGGCCUUUUAAGGAACAAGAGCUUAAAGCACUUGAAGCUCGUAGAGAAAAGGCUAUUCAGGAAUUGGAACAAAAGAAAGCCGAUCGUAAAGAAAGGGCUCGUAAAAGGAAGUUGGGUUUGCCAGUGGAUGAUGAUAACUCUAAAUCAGUUGAAACAGCUUCUCUAGAAAAUGUUCCAAAGGCUAAAGGUAUUGUUAUUUUAAAAUUUGCUGCAAAAUUUUUCAGGUCAAAUAUUUUUGCCUUAAAUAGCUCUUAUAUUCAUUGUGUUUUUAUUUCUUUUAUUUCAGUGGAUAGUUCAGACAGGGCCUUUUACAAGGAUUUGGUAAAGGUUAUUGAGGCAUCUGAUGUCAUACUUGAGGUUCUUGAUGCCCGAGAUCCCUUGGGUACUCGUUGUGUUGACAUUGAAAAAAUGGUGAUGAAAGCAGGACCUGAGAAACGUCUCGUGUUGCUUUUGAAUAAAAUUGAUCUUGUUCCUCGAGAAUCUGUUGAGAAGUGGCUCAAGUACCUUAGAGAAGAGUUACCUACUGUCGCUUUUAAGUGCAGUACACAACAGCAGCGAUCAAACCUAGGGUGGAAAUCUUCUAAAAAAGUCAAACCAAGUAAUACUUUGCAAUUGAGUGAUUGUCUUGGAGCUGAGACACUGCUCAAACUAUUGAAGAAUUAUUCAAGAAGUUACGAGAUCAAGAAGUCAAUCACUGUUGGUUUGGUUGGACUGCCGAAUGUUGGUAAGAGUAGUCUUAUUAACAGUUUAAAGAGAUGCCACGUUGUCAAUGUCGGUGCUACUCCUGGGUUAACAAGGUCGAUGCAAGAGGUUCAUUUGGACAAAAAUGUUAAGCUGCUGGAUUGCCCUGGUGUUGUUAUGCUGAAGUCUCAAGGAAAUAAUGCUACUAUUGCAUUAAAAAAUUGCAAGAGAAUUGAAAAGUUAGAGGAUCCAAUUGGCCCAGUGAAAGAAAUUCUCAAGCUCUGUCCCGCCAGGGUGCUGGUAGCUCUUUACAAGAUUCCAACUUUUGAAUCAGUUGAUGACUUCCUACAGAUUGUGGCUACUGUUAGGGGCAAGCUCAAGAAGGGUGGAAUAGUUGACAUUGAAUCUGCUGCAAGAAUAGUUCUUCAUGAUUGGAAUGAAGGUAAAAUACCAUAUUAUACUAUGCCCCCAGUUAGUGAAGCAGAACCUUCAGAGGCCAAGAUAGUUUCAGAGUUUUCUAAAGAUUUUAACAUUGAUGAAGUCUACAAUGGUGAAACUUCUUUUAUUGGGACCCUUAAAUCGACCAUUGACUUAGAUCCUGUUGAAGUUCCUUCAAGUUGCCCUCUCAACUUUGAUGAGACAAUGUUAGAGGAUAAUGAACAAGUUACUUUGCCAAAACAAGACGAAGCUCCUAAGAGCAUAGCUGACAAUGAUGAGGAUGAAUCCAUGGAAUCUGAUAAAGAUGAUGAUGUGAGCAAGGACAAGGCUAAAACUGCAUCUAGUAAACAAAAUGAGAAGUUAUACACAGCGGAUGGUAUCCUUAAUCCGAAGUUGAGGCGGGCAGAGAAGAAGAAAAAGAAGAGGGCUAACAAAGCCGGUUCAUCUGAUCCAAUGGAUGGUGAUUAUGACUUCAAAGUUGAUUACUUCAAAAAAGACACAAUGGAUGUUGAAGGGGGCAGUGGUGAUGACGAUAAUGACGGUGAUGAUGAACAAGUUGACUCUGAGGUUCCCAUGUCUGGUGUUCAGGUUGAUGAAUGAUUGGGAUAGACAUGGUUCAAGGUUGCGUUUUUAACUUCGCUUUUGUUUUUCAAUAUCUUAAAUUGUUGCAUUAGUUGAUACAAUUGUUGUAUAUACAAUUUUGGCAAGACAGAAACUAAGUUAUGGAUAGGUCAAGAAUUGAGGCAUCACAAAAACGAUUUGUUUCUAGAUUUUUUCUGGCUCUAUUAGUUCUACUACAGUCUUAUAAACUAUUUAGAUUA